AUGAUGCUGAAGCUUUACUUUCUAGGCUUCCUCAUCAAGUCCCUCCUGACCGUUGGAAUAGAAACUCAGCCGGCCUAUGGAUCUCUGAAGCCUCGGAACGUCCAGUUUCAGUCCAGAAAUUUCCACAACAUUUUGAGAUGGCAGCCAGGGAGCUUCCUCACUGGCAAUGGCAGCAUCUACUUUGUGCAAUACAAAAUGUAUGGGCAGAGACAAUGGAAGAAUAAAACGGACUGCUGGGGGACCACAGCGCUCUUCUGUGACCUGACCAAUGAAACAUUAGACCUGUAUGAGCCGUACUACGGGAGGGUGAUGACAGCCCGGGCUGGGAGCUACUCUGCCUGGAGCAUGACACCCCGCUUCACCCCGUGGUGGGAAACAAAGCUGGACCCUCCCGCCGUGACUAUGGUCCCAGUUAACGGAUCUUUGCUGGUGCUUCUCCGUGCCCCAGAGCUGCCGUACAGAAACCGAAAGGGAAACAAUACAUCUACAGAAAAUUACUAUAACUUGGUAUACCGAGUUUUCUUAUUUGACAAUUUGUUAGAAAAGGAGCAAAAGGCCUAUGAAGGAACUCAGAGAACUGUUCAAAUUGAAGGUCUGACUCCUCGCUCCGGUUACUGCAUAGUGGCGGAAAUAUAUCGGCCCAUGUUAGGCAGAAAAAGCCCGAGAAGUGAGCAAAGAUGUGUGCAGAUUCCAUGAGCUGGUCUGAGGCGCUGUGCAGUGCCGAAACCAAACACAUAUUGAAGAUGGGAUGGCUUGUGCCUGCAACAGCUUGCUGACUUCUGUUUCUGUUUUCUUAGCGCAAUGC